AUGAAUACAUUAGAAAGUCAAAAUGAUCGGGUGGCAGAAGAAUUAGCUGCUAAAGUCGCUCGAAUGAAAGAUCUUGCAUUUACAAUUGAACAUGAAACAAAAGAACAUAGUCGAUUUCUUGACACAAUGAGCUUUGAAUUUGAAACAGCACGUAGUUUUCUUCGUCGUGGUCCUCGUCAUAUCCGUGAUGUUAUGCAGUAUAGUGGACCUGUUGAUCCUCGUGCAAUAUUUUAUAUUAUUGGUGCUAUUGUUUGUGCUCUUCUUUUUCUUUAUUACGUUGUCAGUCCAUCUCGAACAAAGUAA